CUCUAUCGCGUUUUUCCGGAGAGGAGCCGGCAGGUGACAGUGAGGGUCUUCUUUACAGCAUAGGUGCCAUUUUAUGUUUCUGUAUUUAAUUUGAAGAUUUUGUUCACUUGAAGUAUUUAGAAAUAUGGCUUCCUUUUUGUCGGUCAUCCUUCCUUUCUUGUUAUCGGUUCUCAUAUUUUCUGGAGCGGUAGUCGCACGGGGUGAUGUGCUUGAGUUAGGGGACGCAGAUUUCGAUUACCUGGCAGCGGAGCACGAGACCAUGCUAGUGAAAUUCUACGCUCCAUGGUGUGGACAUUGUAAGAAACUAGCCCCAGAUUUUGAGACCGCAGCCACUCGACUGAAGGGGACAGUUCCACUUGCUAAGGUGGACUGCACAGCGAGCCCAGACACAUGUGGGCGUUUUGGGGUCACAGGGUACCCCACGCUCAAGAUCUUCAGAAACGGAGAAGAUGCCUCGUCCUAUGACGGGCCACGCUCCGCAGAUGGCAUUGUCCACUUCAUGAAGAAGCAGGCUGGACCCAACUCUGUUACCCUGCGCAGGGAAGCAGAUCUCGAGGCCUUUGUCAACCACUUUGACGCCAGUGUAGUGGGAUUUUUUUCUGGGCCUGACAGUGGUCAGCUGGCAGAGUUUCUGAAGGCGGCCAGCGUCAUGAGGGAGCACUUCCGCUUCGCCCACACCAUCGACAUGACCCUGGGCCUCAAACACGGGGUGGACACUGAGCAUGUUCUGCUGUUCAGACCCCCAAGACUUAGCAGUAAGUUUGAGGAGAGUGUGCUGCGCUUCACUGAGACGAUCACCACCCACACACUGCGGCGCUUCAUCAGAGACAACAUUUUCGGAAUGUGCCCCCAUCUGACCAAUGAGAACAGAGAUAAGCUGAAGGGGCAGGACUUGUUGACUGCGUACUAUGAUUUGGACUACCUGCAGAACCCCAAAGGCACCAACUAUUGGAGGAACAGGGUGAUGAAGGUGGGUUCUCAGUUUGCGUCCCAGGGCCUGAGUUUUGCCGUGGCCAAUCGCAGGGACUUUGUGGAUGAGCUGGAGGAGGAGUUUGGUCUCGGUGCGUCGGACGGAGGAGAUCUGCCCUUCGUAACCAUCAGAACACAACAGGGAUUCAAGUACACCAUGAGGGAGGAGUUCACGCGAGAUGGGAAGUCCCUGGAAAGAUUCCUGGAGGAUUACUUUGCUGGACGACUAAAACGUUACAUCAAGUCGGAGCCCAUCCCUGAGAAAAACAAAGGCCCCGUCAAGGUAGUGGUAGCGGAGUCAUUUGAGGAGAUUGUGAAUGACCCGGAGAAGGACGUGCUGAUUGAGUUCUAUGCCCCCUGGUGUGGUCACUGUAAGAGCCUGGAGCCCAAGUACAAGGAGUUGGCAGAACAGCUCUACUCUGACCCUAAUAUUGUAAUUGCCAAGAUGGACGCCACAGCCAAUGAUGUUCCACAAGGCUUUGAUGUGCAAGGGUUUCCCACCAUCUACUUUGCUCAGGCAGGCAAGAAGGACCAGCCCAAGCGAUAUGAGGGAGCACAUGAAGUGAAGGACUUCAUCAAGUACUUGAAGAGAGAAUCCUCGCAUGUUCCUGUUGUCAGCGGAGUGAGAGAAGACCUGUGAACAGAAGACAAAAUCAAAAUGAAUAUCAACGGCAUCAACUCACCAAGGAGCAGUUUGGUGCAGGUUUGUCAUGCAUCAAAUACCAUGAAAUUAAUGGACGUUGUAUAAUGACACUGUAAUAACACCUAUUUGUUUCUAGGUCUUGACUUACCACCUCUAUGUCUGAACUAUAGGUCUUCUUCACCACUAUAAGCCAUACCAUCCAUUCCACCAAUGAUAACCCAUCAACACCCCUAGAUUGGCAGCUAAUAUUGAGCACUCUUUUGCAUUGGCAUUUCACAAAGCAGGAGCAAGGAGGUGGUCAGCUAACCUUGCUUGUGUAAAUUAGUCUGAAAUAGCUUCAUAUUAACUAGUUCCAAAAGGUACCCACUGGUCUUUUUAUGUGUACUUGAGCUACAGAGUUGGUGUCAUUCCACACAGCACCAACCAACCGCUCACCACCUAUCUGCCUACUGACUGCAUACAAAACCCAAAACAUCCCCACCCAUUCUCCCUUUUUUUGUCCAUGCAAAUAUCGAAUUAACCAUUUUGGAAAUACUGCAAAGGCAAUAUUCAGAUUAGUGGCAAAAAUGACAAGUAGCCACCAUGGUCUCCUUGAAAACAAAUGUUUUCACUUUAUGUUUUUGAAUAUUCUGUAUUUUAUUUAUGUUUCUGUCAUUAUAUGCCAUUUUCCCAUGCUUUUUUUUUUGAGCAAGUAACUUCUGAAAGGCAUGUACAAUGUUUGGAUUUGACUAUGAAGGCCAGAUGUGUGUUAUUUAUCAUAUUUAUUAUAUAGUAUAGGCAAUACAGUAAUUCACUUUCUGUGUACUGUACAUAAUGUGUGAACAUAUUUGCAAUCUUAAUUGUCUCUUUUUUGACAGAGCCUUUUGAUUUAUUGAUGUACAUUUUAUUUGUUGCAAGAGUUUGGCACUCAGAGGACCCAUUAUCUUUAGUUUAUUUUUGAUCCCUAAGAAAUGUUUGUCUUUGGAGUUUUCUCACUUAAAAGAUGCUGAAACCAUUUAAUAAAAUUACUGACUUCGA